CCAAGGCCCAAGGCCCAAGGAGGUGUCUCUUCGACAGCUGACACAAGAAACCUACGGUGUGCGCUGUCUCUAUCCUCCCCGAGGCUCCCCGUCGAUAUGAUCCAAUGGCUGGGUAUGCCACGUUGAGCCGAACCCGCGAUUGGUGUGUACAGGGGUUCGACACGCUCAACUCGGGCUUCUUGUCUUUUUGACCUUUCCUCCCAACGGCUCUCGAACCAACAAGAAGGCUGGCCUGCCCAAUCAAGCGAGGGGCUACACCAGCCGACGACAUGUUCGGGACGUUGAGAAAUCUCGCCCUCGGUGUACAUGCGCAGUUUCCGCCUGUGCAACGGUGCUUGUACGACUUCGGAGGCAAACAUAUUUUAACAUGCUCUGCUCUGACUGGACGCAUCGUGGAGCCCCUAUGUGUGGACAUUGUCCUAGACGGCGGAGAUGAGGGAAAUCUCGCCCGGGAACUCAUACUGUUGCUUCUAGGUGCGGCUGCGUACCCGUGUUCAACCAUUCGCCACAGGGGCACCGCUUCUCUGGUUGAGGUUCAUUGUCUGGAUGGACACGGAAGCAGACUGGAUCUUGUCUGGGGGGUUUUCUUCCAAAAAAAAACCUCAGCGGCCAGCUUGUCUAGCCCAGGUAUACCGAAAUGUCUUGGGCUACGCAGUGCCGAUCAAAUCUCAGCUACUUGGCCAAGUGUUGGGUCUCGAGCGAAGGACGAGCAAUCUUCAUAUUGCUGCUGUCGCCUGCAUGCUGCAUGUGGCACACCGAUGCGUGAUUGGGUCGCGAUUUGGUUUGAUAGCACUCGCCACGCCAGCCGAACUCCCAGGCAAAGAGUCAGUUCAUUUGCGAGCCUUCACGGUGUCACGGGCUACCAUUCCCGUCCGUACAUACAUGCCUACUCCAUACGGCAUAAGGCUGCUUAGUGACCGACAACAGUGCAAUUUCGUGCUGCUGUUAGCUCUCCUUGUUGGCCGAGGGGAAGGUACCAAGCCGAUUCCGCGACUCAGAGACAUAUUUGACAGCUCGCAGGGACAUUCCAGGGAAUUUCUGACAUCAGGUCUCUCUUAGGACAGACUUAUAUGCAGGCCAGUAUGGCGAGCUCGAGUCCCAGAGAGCUCGUAUAUGCAUUCGAACCUCUAGUCAGCAGUUGCCAGUCGACUUGACCGUUUGGGCGGG